AUGCAUUACGACACCGUUACCACGAUACUCCUUACCAUCACUCCAGCAUUCUCCCUAGGCAUACCUGCUCUUAUCACCCGCGAGAUUCCGGUCGACACAGUCGGCAAUGCGCAGCUCUUUUGGGCCGGAGAUACAUCCCUGGUAUCUCAGUUCUUGUCCAUGGCGCCUUCGCUCAGUGGUCAAGAUUUGGCUAACGCAGCGGCAUCAGCUCUAACUUCCGAGGGUGAUGAGCUCACCCAAAAAGGCGUCCUUGACGCAGUAUUUCGAACCUUGGGGAGCGGGGAAGCAGGUGGUGCACUGACAGAUAUUACUGCCGCAAACACAACCCUGGUUGAACAAGGAACAUUCCAAUUUGUUGUUAAUGGGUUGAACGAUCUCGUGAUCAAUGGGGCGGAUUUUUCUCCUGACCAAGUGCUUUCCUCCGUUACCAUGAUCAACACUGUGCGAUGCAACAGCGUCCUGCCUGCCAUUGAUAUAUACUUAGGGUCGGCAGCCGUAUUAUCUGGGAGGCCGUUCCCUAACGUUGCCGUCAGACCGGAUAACUGCCCCUGA